ACGUCGAUGAGGAAUGUUUAGUUUGUGGAGCACACGACGAUGACGACGGCAGGAUGGAUUCCUUCGCUGGUCGUGCUCAUCCUGGGAUUCUUGGCCACCGCCAGCAACGGCCAUUACCUGGACCAGUUCUACUGUGGUCCGGACAACUGCUACGAGUUGCUGGGCGUUAACCGAGAAAGUACCAAGCACGAGAUUGCGAAGAGCUACAGACAACUUGCCCGAAAGUUUCACCCGGAUUUGCACCAUGGAGCCGAGCAGAAGCAAGUGGCCGAGGAAUCGUUCAAGAAGAUUGCCACGGCGUACGAAGUGUUGAAGGAUGAGGAAUCUCGCACCGAUUAUAAUUACAUGCUAGACAAUCCGCAGGCUUACUACGCACAUUUCUACCGCUACUACCGACGCAAGACCAAGAUCGACGUCCGGUUAGUGGUCAUCGUUACAAUCAGCAUCAUCUCCUGCAUCCAGUACGUUUCGCGGUGGCAGCGCUACGACACAGCAAUCAAAUACUUCAUGUCUUUGCCGAAGUAUCGCAACAAAGCGCAGGAAAUAAUCAAUCAAACCCAGAGCGACGGCAACGGAUUGUCCAGUAAUGCUAGUAAGCAGCGCGCCAAAGCUUCGAAGGCGGAAAUGAAGAAAGAACACGACAGACGGAUUCGCGAGGUGAUAGAAAACAACAUGGACAUUCAGGGAGCGUACGCGAAGCCGGAAAUAACCGACAUCCUGUGGAUUCAACUGUUUCUUCUGCCCUACACCGUUGGGCGCUACCUGUGGUGGGUGGCGCGUUGGAUUUGGAAGUUCAACGUUUGCAAGCAACCUUAUGGCCGCGACGAGCAACUGUACCUGGUGCGAAGAAACAUGAAGCUAACCGCUGUACAGUUUGAUGCGAUCGAGUUGGACACAGUUGAGCAGUUCUUACGGCAAGAACUGUGGGUCAAAUCGAACUUCGAUAGAUGGAAAAUCGAGCAGGAGAACGAGAAAAAGAAACAAAUGGCUGACAAUCCCCGCUACAAGGCUUUCCGUAGAUACAUGAAAAAUCACGGCCCCGGGCGCCUUACAUUUGAAGAAUAA